UAGAGAGAGCCCGGUUGGAUAGCGAGCUGGUGAACUGACACAGGUGGGGCCUCUCCGUUCGAAACCGCCAUCUUCCAACACUUGCUGGCUCCCUCGCCCUUCUCUCUGUGUGUUCCCGAAGCAGGCUGUGUCAGUGGGAGUAGGCCCGGCCACUCUCCCGAUCCCCAGGGCCCACGCCGACAGCGAGUGACCCCACCGCGGUGACGAAUGAGUGACGUCGGUCUGUCCCAAUGUCGCUCCGAGACGGCCGGCCCCUGAUCCAAUUGGCUUCCCGCUCAGACACACUGAGCAGCGACGGCCCUGCGCCACCAUUGAGGCCCCGCUAGGAUGAACCAGGACAGCGGUGGGGAGUGUGCCAAGGGACCGGGCGCUCCGUGGCAGAAUUACAAACUGGUGGCUGACCCCACCAUUCGCCGUGUGCCUCAGAAGGUCUACCGCUACGAUGGUGUCCACUUCAGUGUGCCGGACGCUGGAUUCCCGGCCAUUCGGGACGUCAGGGACCCUCGACAGCGACGGAUUUGGACCAAGCACCGAGACAUCUCCCUCCCGGUCCCCAAGUUCAAGUUCGACGAGUACUACGUGGGCUCUGUGCCACUAAAGGAGGUGACCUUCGCCCGGCUCAACGACAACGUGAAGGAGGCGUUCCUGGCGGAGAUGUGCCGCAAAUUCGGUGACAUCGAGGAGAUCGAGAUCCUGUACAACCCCAAGACCCGCAAGCACCUGGGCCUGGCCAAGGUGGUCUUCACCAGCACCCGGGGUGCCAAGGAGACGGUCAAGAACCUGCACAACACCUCGGUGAUGGGCAACGUCAUCCACGCCCUACUGGACAUCAAAG